AUGGGUGUUGCUCUGGAUAGCUUUAUCGAGAUCACCGGUUCGGUGCUGCUCUUUUGCCUCGUCUUCGGCAUGAGCGCGACGGUGGACGUGUCGGCACUGCGGGCUCAGCUGCAGAACGUCAAGGCCAUCGGGACCGGUGUUUUCUUACAGUUUGGCAUUCUACCCCUGGCGGGAUUUGCGGCGGUCCGCGCCUUCAGACUCAAUCACGCCGAAGGCCUGACUCUACUGGUUGUUACCAGCAGUCCCGGUGGAUCGUACAGCAACUGGUGGUGCAGCAUGUUCAAUGCCGACUUGGCACUCUCCGUCACUAUGACGGCUAUUUCCACAUGCCUCAGUACCGUUAUGCUCCCGUUGAACUUGAUUGUGUACGCGCGUUGGUCUUACAACGACGAUAUCGUCAGCUCGUUGGAUUGGAAGAGUCUGGUCAUCGCUUUGGUCAUUGUUAUUCUCGCCAUUGCUUUGGGUAUCACCGCUUCGGCCUACUUCAAAUCCCAUGCCUUCAAUCUAAAUGCCAACCGCUUGGGAAACUUUGCCGGUAUUGCGCUGGUGGUGUUUUCCGCUGUCAUGUCCAACUCUGACGCGGACGUGCGCAUUUGGGACCGGGAGUGGCGAUUCUAUCUCGGCGUAUCGACACCCUAUUUGAUCGGCUUGACCGUGGCCAACGUCCUUACGAGUGUGCUGCGACUACGCAAACCGGAACGUGUCACUACUUCGAUCGAGUGCUGCUACCAAAAUGUGGGAAUCGCCACUUCGGUUGCUCUCUCCAUGUUUGAUGGUGAGAACCAAGCCAAAGCGGUUGCGGUUCCCUUCUUCUACGGCCUGGUCGAGGCAGUCUUUACCUUGAUGUACUGUAUGAUGGUUUGGAAAGCGGGGUGGACCAAGGCACCCUCGAAUGUCAGUGUCUGGAAAAUGCUUUCGACAAGUUACGAAAUCUUGAAUAUGGAGGAAGACAUGGACCAAGCUGACGGGUACGUAAGGCACCAGGAGGGAGGUAUGCCGUUAGACGCAUCAGCGGUAUCCCAAGGCAAAAAUGCGACAGAGCCAUCCAAGGCAUCCAUCUUGGCACAACAUAUAUAG